AGAAAGCAAGGUCUGCUGAACUGGUGUCUGAGACAUGGGUCUUUGCCUUUGUAGUGAAACCAAGCAUUUCAUUGAAGAGACAGAGAACAGAUUUUGGGUGAUAAAUGUGAAUGAUGAUGGAAAAAAGAUAUGUCCAGGAAUUAUGGAGCUUACAGAAACCUGUUUAAUGUUCUAUCCUAAAAAAGGAGGGCUUGUGAGGUGGCCUUACAUCAGCCUGGUGAAGUAUGGAUAUGAUUCCAAUUUGUUUUCAUUUGUCUGUGGCAGAAGAUGUGCAACUGGAGAAGGUAUAUUUGGCUUCAGGUGCAUGCGUGCUGAAGACUUGUUUAACAUGCUCCAGAAUAACAUGCAGAAUAAUAGAAUAAGCAUCAUCUCUGAUACAGAUUCUGAAUUUCCUACAUGUGCAUAUAAUGUGCCUUAUCGAUAUGAGACUUAUUCAGCAGUUUUUACAUCAUCUCAGAGGCCUGAACCCAUUUUUGGAGACUUUGUGAGGUUGUCGGUUACCCCCUCUCUGGAUCAAUCCUACAUGACAUCUGUGUAUAAGGAAAACAGAAUGCAGCAGAGAUGUUUAUCUGUGGAAAGAAAAAAUUCAGAGGGUGGAAACAGCCAAGCUUCCUCUCGGUACAGUAACAUUGAAGUGGAGGAGUGGAAUCGUUAUCAAAAAGCAUCUGUCUUGUUGAAAAGCCAGUUUAAAAAUGAUGCUAUGGAGAUGCUUAACACUAAUGGAGAUUUCAUCUAUGCCAACUGGGAUACAGGCUAUGACAGUGAUGAGCGCAAAGAGAGAUGCUAUUUUAAGAGAAGGGAGUAUGAGAAUAUUGUUGCUCUUCCCAAGGAGUGUUUCAGAUCUAGAAGCUUGCUGCCGUCUGUGAGCAGCUCAGAUUCUCACAAUACCAACUGUGUUCCAAUAAAAUUAGCAGAAGGUGGAUAUGAGAGCCAGCCCUCGUCUCCAUCAGUCUUUGAGGAAAAGUAUAGUUUAGAACAGAACAAUCCAUUGCUUUCAUAUGAAUGUAACCCAUCAAGACAAACCCUGUUUAAGAGGUGCUCUUUUGGGCAAGAAUCAUUAAAUCUUAGUGACCGUAUCCCAACAUAUUUUAACUUUGAUGUGAAGCAAAUAUCGCAAAAUACAGAGAAACUUAACUACAUCCAGGUCGAGCUGGAAAGUGGCUGUGAUUCUGAAAAUCCUCAGACUCCACAAAGCCCUGAUAUGGCUAUAUCAUUUACUACUGGCCAGCAGUCUGAGUUCUAUGCUGAACUGGACCUGGAGAAAACGGCUGCUUUGUCAAGUAUUCAGAAGCACAGACAACAUGAUGAUGGCACUAGAAAAACAAGACAUAACAGCAAAUAUUUUUUUGCGUGAUUGAAACCUUCCUAAAUAUUUUGAAAUGUAUUAUUUGUAUGCAUCAAAUAGAAAUUCUAUAAGGUAUGAAGCCCUACUGAAUUCAUUUUCUAUGCAAGACUUACUUUGCAUGUCAACAACUAUGGGUACGUAGAAAAUGUACCCGUAAGCAAAUGAGCUACCUCUGCUUAGCUUUUCGCAUAUCUUCAGUGCUGCUCACCAUGGUACAAAUGUCGCAAGUUUUUAUGUGUCUACACAGGAAACUGGUGAGCAAAUCCUGAAAUUGCGUCUAAGGUCUUUUAGUAUUUGCACUGUUUGACUUUGUUCAUUCACAUAUUGAAAACAGAAUCCAUUUCUGUGUCUCCAGCAGGCCAGUCAAUGGCACUAAAAUAUUCCUGAAAAUGAGCCAGUGCUGAGCUAUUUCAGGAGCACAUUUUAACAAGACUUAUCACAGUAGAUUUGCAACAUUUGGCUUAUUUCACAAGUGCCUACACUGUAAUGUAAUUUAGGUUAUAAAGAGUAACACAUUCUGACCUGGAUUAGUACCCAAUAGCAACUAACUAAUUAUUUUCACCAGUGUCCUGCUGUGAGAAUAAUUCAAAUGUACAUGUAAUGGGUUGAUAUGGGUUUUCUGGACUAGGGUAAACUUCAAAAUAUAAAUAUGUACUGUAAAAAAAAAAGUAAAGAGCCUGAAGUUUGAAAACUUUUAUUCCUUCCAAAGUUUUAUACCAGCUGUUAUGCAUUUACAGUUUCUUGUUAACAGACAGUUAUGAUUUUAUAUUUGGGGUGAUCAUCUUGUGGGCUCUCAGCUGCAUUUAGCCAUUCCUAAGAACCAAAAACUACAGGAUCUCGGGUGGGGGGAAGGUUUUAAUUGUUAUAUUGUGCAUGUAUUUAUAUUGGCUACAUUUUGUUUAUUUUUCUGACAAGGAGCACUUUAUCGUCUGAUACCUUAGUGGAACCAUUACAGAAUGUCUAGAUAGAUUAAUGUGGCUCCCACACAACAUAUUGUCCAAAAAUGCAGUCAUGUGAUGAAUUUUUAGAACUGAUAUUGCUAAUUGUAUUCGUUCCAACAUUAAUUAUUCUGUAUUGCACAUUAUGUAUCUGGGCUAGCUGACUAAACACGAUCUGUGUUCUAACAUUUGUUUGGUGCCAUUAAAGCUCUUACAUUUGGUAACUUA